UCUCCAACUUUUACUCAAAUGUAACAUAUUGCAAGUGAUUUAUUAUAUAUAAAUAUAUAUACACAUUAACUAUAACUGUAAUUUUUAGUAAGGAGCCUUCUAUUCAAGAUGGCAAGUGCCAAUAGUGCUAGUGUCAUGACUGUGCCAAACCUGGAGAGCAUCAAGAAGAAAAUAUAUUAUGAUGCUCGUUCUGGCAUGUCUGUUGCUCUCAAAGAGCUGUUGACGGACAGUUCACUUGAUGCCAGUACCAUCAAGGAUGUUCUCUCCCAGCUUGUUGAAGAAGAUGGUCAGAAAUGCACUCCGCUCAUAAUAGCUGCACGCAAUGGACACGACAAGGCAGUGAGGGUGCUACUGCAGUUCAACCCUGACCUCGAGCAGGAGGGAACCGUCAAGUUUGAUGGCUAUGCCAUUGAGGGGGCCAGUGCCUUGUGGUGUGCUGCAGGUGCUGGCAACUUGACAGUGGUGAAGAUACUAGUACGAGCUGGAGCCAAAGUGAACCACACGACUCGGACCAACUCCACGCCAGUGCGCGCUGCUUGCUUUGAUGGACGUCUUGACAUUGUUAAAUAUCUUACAGACCACGACGCUGAUAUCCACAUUACUAACAAAUACAACAACACGUGUCUCAUGAUAGCUGCCUAUAAAGGACAUUUGGAUGUUGUCAAUUUUCUUCUCGAGCUAAAAGCAAAUCCUAAUGAAAAAGCUCAUUGUGGUGCCACGGCUUUACAUUUUGCAGCGGAGUGUGGCCAUGAUGAAAUUGUCAUCACUCUUUUGCAACAUGGUGCAGCGAUUGUUAGAAAUGAGCACGGUAUGACUCCUCUUAUAGCAGCAGCUGAAAGAGGAUGUUCAAAAGUAGUAGAAUAUUUUUUAACAAUAAAUGAAGUAACUGAAAGAGAGAAAAUUGAUGCCCUUGAAUUGCUCGGUGCAUCUCACGCUAGUGACAAAGAUAACUACAACUUAGUGAAAGCUGCUGAGUAUCUUGAGCGAGCCAUGCUGCGCAGAUAUGCUGAUCCUGACAACAUCAUAAUGAAGGAGCUACAGCCGCCCCAGGCCCCCUACAACAACCAUCAGGAGAGCACCUCGCUGCAGGAGCUGCGUGCCGUGCUGCUCUCGCCCGCCAGUCUACACAUGGAGGCCCUCGCCAUCAGGGAACGCAUCCUAGGGCCUCACAAUCCCGAGGUUCCACCAGCCAUCAUAUUCCGAGGGGCUGUGUUCGCUGACAGCUCUCGCUUCGACCGCUGCCUGCAGCUCUGGAUGCACGCCAUGAAGCUUAAGCUCGACAUCAACGUGUGUGUCGUCAAAGAUCUGCUCAGGUUCUCACAGGUAUUCUCCCAGAUGGUACACAUCGGCGCAGACCUCGACUACAGAGUUGUGUUGGAGGUGCUGGACUCUGCUGUCCUGGAACUCAAAUGUAACCAUUCAAAAAUAACUAACCCGGGACCUAAGGACGAUGUAGAGGCUAUCAAGGAGGAGUUGGAGCAAAACAUGAUAUCCUCGCUGUACUUGAUCAUGAUAGCGCAAAGAAUCAUCAAGUCUUCAGCAAGUUCAUCACAAUCUCAUAACGACACCAAGAACAACAACAAAAACAACAACAAUAAUAACAACAAUAAUGCCGGUCUCGCGUGGGGAGACCUCGUGGGUAACGGCGAGGGCGUGGUGCUGGAAAACUUCCCUUUGCGUGCCGCUGAAACUCAUUUAUUGAGACUCAGAAACGAGCGAGAGGAGAAAGAUGAGGACGAGAGCCACCGAGCCAGCGUCAGCGAGAAGGAAAUGAGGCUCUACACCGCGAUAUACAGACUGCUGCGGACGAAUUCGUUGACGUGUCGCGGGCAGACGUUGCUUCAUCUCGCCGUCAGCCCUGAGACGCACGUCGAUGACUUCUACACCAACCUCGUGUGCAAAUUCCCCUGUGCCAGCACCGCACGGCUGCUCAUCUCGUGCGGCGCUAACGUGAACGCCUUGGACAACGCGCGUAACUCCCCCCUGCACCUUAUCGUGCCUUAUCAGAAGCCUAUCAGUGACUUCCUGACGAUAUACAACAUCAUACAAGGGCUGGUGGAGGCCGGGGCCCACAUGGACAUCGUUAACAGCGCGGGCCUCACGCCCAUGGACUGCGCCUCUACUGCCGUGGCCGAGAUGAUCCUGCGCCUCCAGCAGCGCCUCAGUCUGCAGUGCCUCGCUGCCCGGGCCCUCGUCAACGCAGGUGUGCCGUUCAAGGGGCGUGUGCCGAGGGCUCUGGAGGCGUUCGUUGAGCUGCACGGCCCCUCCAAGCCCCUCAGGACGACCCCUCACUCCCCCAUGCAGCAGUGAGGGCCUCAGGCACCUCUCCAGGGCACCUCAUCUCGCUUAUCUAUUAUAGAGAACUAAGAAUUCAUUAGUAAUCCUGGAUUGCUAAUCGCGAAGUUCUAAUCUUCGAUAACUAAACCCGUAUCUUCUUAUCUUCGAUAACUGAUCCUAGAUAAUUAAGCCCGAAUCUCUAGCUAAUUGCGUGAAUCUGUAUAGCCAAUUGUGGAAAACUGAAUGCUGAAAUUUAUUCCUAAAUGGCUAGUCGUGAAUAUCUUAUAUUUGAAGCUGGAAUAUUUAAUCUCGAAUAUCUAAUUUUGGUAAUGAAUCUCGGAAACUUGAACCUGGAUAUCUUAUUUGGGGAAUGAAUCACGGAAAUUUAAACCUGGAUAUCUAAUUUGGGGAUCUAAUAUUUGAAGCCUGGAAUACAUAAUCUCGAAUAUCUAAUUUGGGUAAUGAAUUUCGGAAACUUGAACUUGGAUUACAGAAACCUUAUCCUGGACCAUGCACUCUUCUAAUCUUUGAUGAAUAUCAAGAUUAUCAAGAAUAAUCUUCUUGAUUAACAUCAAGCACGGUACACUGAGUGACAUUUGUUAUUCAUAUUCGUGGCCACAUAUGUGGGUCAUGGUGACAAAGUGGGUCAUGGAUGAAAUAAGACGUACUUGCACAUGUGAAGGCUCAUAGUUAGAUGUGUUGCUUAAACAUCAUAUGGCAUGAGAAAUUCCGAGGAAUGUGUGUUAUGUUAUUUAUUGAAGUAGGGUGCAACUGUCAAGUGGAUUUAUCUAGCUAGAGAAUUUAACUGUACAAAGGAUUCAACUGUCAAGCAGAUUUAUCUAGCGAGAGGAUAUAACUACGAAGGAUUCAACUGUCGAAGAGAUUCAUCUGGCUAGAUGAUUUAACUGUACAAAGGAUUCAACUGUCAAGCGGAUUUAUUUAGAGAUAGGAUUUAACUGUACGAAGGAUUCAACUGUCGAGCGGAUUUAUCUAGAGAUAGGAUUUAACUGUACGAAGGAUUAAACUGUCAAGCAGAUUUAUCUAGCUAGAGGAUUUAACUGUACAAAGGAUUCUAUUGUCGAAAGAAUUUGUCUGUUACGAGGAUCUAACUGUACGAAGGAUUAGAUUUUCGAAAUGAUUUUACUUGUCUUCGCUCCAGGAAUUUCUGGGAAUAGAAUGCCUAGCAAGUAUGAAUCACGAAUUAAUUUGUUUAUUACAAUAGCUUGUUUAUUUGAGCUUGGCUCUUAGUAUAUCGCCUGCUUGACUUGCAUUCGUGCCUUAUUUUCAAUUUAAUUUCUUUUGCCUGCAAAUAAAACAAAAAUAUGCUUACACGAGUGAACGUUAAUUAUUUUCUGCGUGUACAUUAUUGCAUUUUGUUGAAACUUGUUUUGAGUUGAACGUCGCUUCUUACAUUUCUCUGCUGCUACUUUUGUAUUUUGAGUUACUAUAUAUUUCCUUCUUUAGUAAGUUAUGUUGCCUUUUUGCGGUCGUUAUUAAAUAAAUUUAUCAGUGAUA